CAUGAGUGGGCACUGCUGGGCAGGGAAGCAGCUGGAUGUAUGCGGACCGUGACCUGCAAUUAUUCAUCAUAUUUAUUUUUUUUAAUUCGGAGAAGCUGUUUAUACGGGCGGUAAAGUUACGAACGACCAGCGCACCGUUUGGUUUUUUAUUGUCUGUGAAGAAAACACAAGUUUGCCAGCCUGGCAUUGGCUUCAUGUAACUGAAGAGUUAGCUUUGAGGCUAGCUAGGUAGGUGAUGAUAGCGUCUCAGCCGCUGGAUCUCCUCUUUUUUUCCCAUUAUGAACGUUUGUCAUUCGGCAGAAAUUCACUUUUGACCGAUUGACCGGCACUGAACAACACAUUUAAGAUGUGUUACCACACUGGUUCUGUCUGUUUGACUACGAGGUACAGCUGGCGUGUCUGUCACUAAUGUUAGCUCGCACAUCAGAUGAUUCCAGGUCGAUCCAAGAAAGGUUUCCUCUGCUGCACGGACCUUCUGAAACAGAUAUUGUUCAUUAAAUGUUGCGGCGCGGUUUUGAAGCGUUAAGAGGGGGUGAGUUGUAACUACGUCGCACGUCAUUGCAACUUCUAGUAACCCCCUUUGAGAGACUGUUUUACUUCUUAUCUAAUGCUAAAUACAGCCAUGUCUUCAUGGAUGUCUGAGGCAGGAGAAUGAGUACGCGCUUACUAGGAACAGGAUGCCACCAUCUUUCACCGAAGACUGUCCUGCUUAACAUAUUGAUUAGCUGACCAUCAACUGUUGUAGAGGAUUGAAGAGCCUACAGAAUCUCUGCGUGAGAAGCUACUGCCUCCUCGGCUUUAUUAAAUCACUGUCUAUCAACUCAUCUGUCCCAUGGCUGCUGCUGCUGCUGCUGCUGUAAGUGGGGUCAACAUGGCAGGGCCAGGAGGAGCAGGACUGCCCGCUGUGACCUUUACCAACACGUCGGUGUCUUCCAGCCUGACGCCUGGUACUGAUAACCGAGGAUGUGAGAAUGGCGCCCUAAUGGACUCGUUUGGGAUCUUCCUGCAAGGACUUCUUGCCGUGAUGGCUUUUAGCACGCUGAUGUUGAAACGCUUCAGGGAGCCCAAACAUGAGAGGAGACCUUGGAAAAUCUGGUUCCUGGAUACCUCCAAACAGGCCAUAGGCAUGUUGUUCAUCCACUUUGCUAAUGUCUACUUGUCAGACCUCACAGAGGAGGAUCCCUGCUCGCUAUACCUCAUUAACUUCCUGUUAGAUGCUUCUCUGGGCAUGUUGCUGAUCUAUGCUGGGGUGAGAGCUGUCAGUGCUAUUGUGGAGUGGAGGCAGUGGGAUUCUCUGCGUUUCGGAGAAUAUGGAGAGCCAGUGCAGUGCACAGCAUGGUUGGGCCAGUGCAUCCUCUACAUCCUCAUCAUGAUGUUUGAGAAAGUCAUCAUCAUGUUGGUCCUCCUCAUUCCCCAGUGGAAAAAGCUGGCUCUCCUCAACCCCAUAGAGAAUCCCUACCUGGAACUGGCCAUCGUCAUGCUCAUCGUUCCAUUCUUCAUCAACGCCCUGAUGUUCUGGGUGGUAGAUAAUUUUCUAAUGAAGAAACACAGGACAAAAGCAAAGCUGGAGGAGAGAGAGGAAGACUCACGGGGGAACAGCAAGGUGCGCUACAGACGAGCUCUGUCCCAUGAUGACUCAGAGUCAGAGAUCCUUUUCUCAGCAGAUGAUGAAAUGGAUGAGUCAGAUGAAGAUGAUGUUCGUCGGUUAACUGGUCUGAAGACAGUGAAGAAGAAGAAGCUUCGCAUGGGGAUACCUGUUUGACCCGCGUGCCGAGCUAAACCACUACAAUCGAAUUUCCUCUGGUACCUCUUUACCGCACAGGCCCACACACAUUCCCUGCACCUCCACAGACUCUGAUAUCAACCUCUUUUCAAACAUAGGAUAUGGAUGGCAGAAGAAUAUACUGUAAUUGAAAUCCCUUCACUGUUGACUCCUGAAAGACUCCUGCAUAGGCCGUGUCUAACCUGGGAUUUACUUUUAACACACUGGGAAAUAUUUUUUGCAGUUAACCUAGUACUUUGGAUCACUGUUGAAUUUUGACACU